UCACUGCCCGAGGAGCACAGCCAGCAUCUGCCGAUGCGUCAAGGGCUGCGCGCCUCUGUCGGUGCCCACGACCCUCAUGUGGAUGUCCAGUGCCGCCUGGGCUGCCGGGCUGCGGUAUGGUCGGCCGGUGGGGCCGGUCCUGUCCUUCUGGAAGAGCCGUCUGAUGAUUGGCAUCAUUGCAUACCCUGAGCGAAGACCACACAUUAAUGGUGCGUGUGUGCUGCGUAUGCGUGUCGCCACCAUUCAGUCCACUCUUACCGAGCAGCAUCACUUCGUUCUCCUGGCUCCUGAAUGGGUCUGUCUGCUGCGCGGAGCCCUCCAUGAUGUGGCGGCGGCUUUGACCCACACACACAUCCAUCCACGCGUCCAUUCAACAUCCACACGCAAAUGUGUGGCUGGCGAUGUGUGUGGCGCUUGUCGGCUCACUCACGGCUGCGUCGAAAUCGAACCACUUGCCCGUGUUGUCCGCUGCACACACAUGCAAAUAGAGCAGAGGCGUAGGCACCCACUGUUGCUCUGUCUCUCUCUGUAAACGUCUCUCUCUGUGUGCGUGUGGUUAUACUCACGUUGGGCUUGAUGCCGUUGAUGCUGAUGCCGCCCCACUCAGAAACUUCCCCAGCCCCUCCAAUGCAUCGUGGAAGAACACUUUAGCCUGGGGCAGAGCCACGCCCUGAGCCUGCACAUCAACACCAACACCAGCCAACACACGAUGUGUGCACGAUAGUGUGUCUAGUGUGCGUGCGGUAGCCCACUGACCUUCCACGAAGCCGGUCACAGGCGCUUACUCAGUCGCUGGCGAAUGUCUUUCUGUGCGUGCAUCGGCCUUUCCACCACCAGGCUGCACACAAACCAUAGCAACACACACACACACACACACACACAGAGAGAGAGAGAGAGAGGAUGCGCACAUGGGAGACGCGAAGACAUCCGAGCUGAGCCGUGCUGUGCUGACCUCCUAGCUAUGUCCAUGACCUUCCUCCUCUCCUCUCUCUCUGUGGCCUUCUGGUGGGCCCUCUUCUCUUUCUUUUGCUGUGCCUUCUGAUGGGCAUUUGUUUUCCUCUCUGCCCACACCCACACCACUCAUUUCGUCUCCUCUGUCCAGAUGAUUCAUUCAUCUAGUGCUACUAAACCGUCGUACGUGUGCAGCUGUGCCAACACUCACAUCCGAAUAUAAAAUGUAGGCAACGAUAAACGAAACGCCUCUCUGCCGCCACACACACCGCCCUCCCACUCACCCCUCCCUCAGAACCAUGUCGGUGACCUUCCUCCUCUCUCUCUGUGGCCUUCUGGUGGGCCCUCUUCUCUUUUGCUGUGCCUUCUGAUAGGCAUUUUUUCCUUUCUGCCCCCAUCCACACACACAACCAUGUCGCCUUUACUUGGGCUGACUGCCGCCCUCUCUAGCUCUAUCACACUGUACCCGUCCACAUACGGCCAGCCGCUCUCUCUCGUUGUGGUCACCCACCCAUUGUGUCACCACGUCCACGCGGCCCGUUCGUUGGGCGACACACAAAGACGAGCUUCGCUCUCUCACUAACAAAAACUUCGGCAGACCACACACAGUCCAAAAAUAACCAAGGCGCUCUCCCGUCCCAUGCACGCAGACCACACAUCACCCCACCCAACCCAAACGCACACACCCUCCCUCCCUCCCUGCCGUCCUCCUGUCCAUCCAUCCAUCCAAAAGUAAGGAAUCUCUCGCGACUCCCUCGCUAGCUGGCUGCAUGUGUCGCUGCUGGUUGUGUGUAUGGGUGGGUGGGUUGUGUGAUGCAUUGAUUACACGAGGCAGCCGGACAUGCACCAUGCAAAGGGGUUGGGCAGCGCGAACCAGCCCCAGCACCCUUUUCUCCCUUUCCCAUCCCCCUCUAUCUUGACCUCCCUCCCUCCCCUCCCACAUCCCCUGAGCCGCCUCGCCCUGGUCGGCCACCAGGUGCACCGCGCCCUCGAAGCCCACCGGCAGCCGGAUGGUCGUCUCGUCAGUCUCGUCCUGGUCGCUGUCGGGCGAGUGCUGGGUGUGGCGGGUGGACGGCGACGUGUUGGGCGAGCUGGACCGCUGGGCGCUGCGGGGCGAUGCGUCUGUGGUGGCGCUGUCAGACUUGUUGGUCUGGAUGUGCUGCCGCCUCUCUCUCAACAGACGACGGUGUUGGAUCUCCUCGAGCUCCUGUUCGAUGAGCUUGAGCUCCUUCUCCCUCUCCGCGUCGGCCGCCUUCAUCUGAGUUAGUGGGUGAAGGCGUGUGAAUGCGUGUGUGUGUGGGUGUGUGGCGGGGUCACCUGCUGGUACAUCUCCCUCCUCUCGCGGCGCCGCUUGAUAAUCUGACCGGCCGAACGAACGCACACACGUACAUGCGAGGAUUGAUGAAUGCAGCGUGAUGGUGCUGUGCUCUUGGUGUACCGGGUCAGACGGGUCGCCAUCCCUCAGUUGCUCGAGGUCCUUCUUGAUGACGGUGUAGGCCUCAACCAAGGCCUGGAAGUCCUCCUUGCGACCCCCCUUGUCUGUGUGGCUAUUCUGCAGACACACACACAUCCGUCCGCCAAGAUGCGUCCAAUCGUUCGUAUCGGUUUGCAAUGCGUACCAGGGCGCCUUUGUGAUACGAUUUCUUGAUCUCAUGUAGCGGGCCCACGGAUGCACCUUCAGCUUCUUGUAGGAGCCGCAU